AAAGAAAAAUAAAUAAAUAAAUAAAUAAAAAAAGGUAAAAGGAAAAAGGAAAAAGCGUCUUGGGGAAUUUUUGUUGCAGAUCGGUGACCACCUUGUUGUAUAAAAUUUUUGAGCAUUUUUUUUCGUUCUUUGUUUUUUUCCUCGUCUCUCCGUCUCCAGCACAACGAGGGAGACAGAGAUAAUAUAUAGAGAUCGAAACAGAGAGAGAGAGAGAGAGCGAAUUCCAUAAAUUCCAAUUCGAUGAUUUUGUUGCAGUCUCAUUCCAAAUUUCUCCUUCAGACCUUGCUUAAUCGGGUUCAAAACUUUGACAAGGGAGUUGAAUUGGACUACCAUUGGGUUGAGUUUGGUGAUGUUCGCUAUCAUAUUCAGGUGUCGAUGAAGAAUCCACAGCACCUGAAGCUAUCGGUAUCAUUACCCAUCCCACCUCCAGACACUGUUUUCAUGGGUGGGCUUCCAUCUGGAGCUAUAGAAGCCAUCAAGUCUGCAUAUGGUGCGGUUGUACAGAUUCUUGAUCCUCCCAGAGAUGGCUUUAAUCUGACACUGAAACUGAAUCUUUCAAAACUCCCUCCAGAUGAAGAGUACAAGCAUGUUCUUUUGGUAAAGAUUGCGUCUGUAAGGGAAGUGGUACUUGGUGCUCCACUUAGACUAAUUUUGAAGCAACUUGCUUCAAGGACUGUUUCCUCUAAUAUUAAUCAGCUUGUUGCCCUUGUACAUCGGCCAAAGGAGUCAUUUUUCCUUGUUCCUCAGGUGGAUAAAGUGACUGUGAUAUUUCCUAUGAGAUUUAAUGACUCUAUAGAUAUUGUCCUUGCAACUUCCUUCCUGCAGGAAUUCGUCGAAGCAAGACGUACAGCUGGACUUCACAAUGCCCCUUCCUGUUCGUGGUCUUCUACCCCUCCUUUGGAACUUAAGGAAGCUGCAACUGAAGCUCUGUCUGCAAAUGCUGGAUUUGUAACUUUUGUUAUUUUCCCCCGUCAUGUAGAAGGCAAAAAACUGGAUCGUACUGUUUGGAGUUUGUCAACAUUUCAUGCAUAUGUUAGUUAUCAUGUCAAGUGUUCUGAGGGAUUUAUGCAUACACGGAUGAGGCGUCGUGUGGAAUCUUUGAUUGAGGCUCUUGGUCGUGCAAAGCCAGAUACAGACACCGAAAAUCGCAAAAAAGGAGGGCACAAUAGAUCCUUCAAACGACUGAGUCUGAAGGAUGGACGUACUAAUUCAAACUAACAUUUUAGGAUGUGUUGAGGAGGAUUUGCACGGUAUGUCCUGUUUUUAAGAAGGCCGCUGGCCAGAGUUUCUUGCGUGUGUGGGAUAGGUUCCCUGAAGAUGCAUGUAUUUAUUAUUUAUUUAGUUGAAGAAAAGGAAAAUUCAGAGAACGUCUUUUAUUAUCUUUUUCUAACAUAUGUACGAUUCUUUUAUAGUUUUGGUUCCAUGUGAACCAGAAAAACAAAAAAAAAAAAAAAUUGUUGUUUUUGUAUAUCAAAUUUUGGAGUUCGAAUUAUUUAAAUGUCGUAUGAAAUAUUUAUUUCAAAUGAUGAAAUUAUAACGAUGGGUAUUGAAUUA